CCAGAAUCUAUUACUGUUGCUGUUGCUAUUGUUAUUAUCAAUAUUGUUAUUGUGAUUGCCAAUACGAGCUCAACCAAGUCAAAGCGCAAAUAUGCUGCCGAUGAUAAUGCACCGAAAACAGGAUCGAGACAGACAGAAACGAAAAUGUUAGUGCCUUCACUACAACUACUACACUAA